GGUGACAAUACCUCAAAACUCAAGACACUUGUUUCUGAAUGGGUCAACUGUGAGUUCAAGCCAGAUCCACCUGUCGACCCAGAUGACAAAAAUUCCCAUGGAUUUACAAACCAUGUGUGCGGCAGGCUGCUCUGCCCGGCCGAGCUUGAUUGGAGCAAUUUAGCGGUAAGGACAGGGAUUCGCGAUCACUCGGAUGGUUACAUCAUAACGGAUCUCUCAUUUCCGGCCUUCUUGUACAAGAAGUACACUGUCAAUCCGGACGACCUGGAGGAGGGCCUUUUCAAAGGCAAAAUUCUUGUUCAGGUUUGCUACAAAGCGGUUUUCACAUCACCUUCCUCGGCCAAGGAUAUCGAAGGUGAUGGCAAUGGGACUGAUAUCAUCCAGAACAACAGAUGUGCCGAAAAGGCUUCCUGCGGGCUCAAGGUCAAAAAGCAUGUAAGGUUUGCGCUUUCCUCAGUGACCUCCUGGCGGUCUGUCGACAGAGACUUCAACUACGUCCAAUUCUGGCGGACGGUUGUGGACUUCUUUGAAAGACCCCCCAGUCGAGAAGCUCAGCGCAGGGUUGACAGACUCCUCAAAUGGUGGACCAGGUGCGCUACAUACUAUCUACUUUACCUACCAGCCUUUGCUUCAGCUUCACCAUUUAGGAAGGUUUUCUGA